UUACUAAAAAAGAACCAAACAAUUAAUGGAAGAAAACUACAUUGGAGUUGUUCUCUACUCCAUUUUAUCUCUCAUCUUCUUGAUAACCUCUCUCAAGUUCUUGAAAUCCAAGAAACAGAAUCUUCCGCCGUCUCCCCCGGGAUGGUUGCCGGUAAUAGGCCAUCUCCGCCUCCUGAAGCCACCCAUCCACCGCACCCUCCGCUCCUUCUCGGAGUCCCUCGACCGUGACGGUGGUGGCGGCGUGAUGUCCCUCCGACUUGGGUCCCGUCUAGUCUAUGUGGUGUCGUCACAUAGGGUUGCGGCGGAGGAGUGUUUUGGCAAGAACGACGUCGUUCUAGCCAACCGGCCUCAGGUAAUCAUCGGAAAACAUGUUGGUUACAACAACACAAACAUGAUCGCCGCACCUUAUGGUGAUCACUGGCGUAACCUCCGUCGCAUCUGCACCAUCGAGAUCUUUUCCACUCACCGGCUUAACUGCUUUCUUUAUGUCCGUACCGACGAAGUACGUCGCCUUAUUAGCCGCCUCUUCCGUGUCGCAGGAACUGAAAAAACGGUUGUGGAAAUGAAACCAAUGCUUAUGGACUUGACAUUCAACAAUAUAAUGAGAAUGAUGACAGGAAAACGUUACUACGGUGAAGAAACAACCGAUGAGGAAGAAGCAAAACGUGUCCGUAAGUUGGUGGCUGAUGUUGGAGCCAACACAAGUUCAGGCAACGCCGUUGACUAUGUUCCGAUUCUAAGACUGUUUUCAAGUUAUGAGAAAAGGGUAAAAAAGUUAGGAGAGAAGACUGAUAAGUUUUUACAAGGUCUUAUUGACGAUAAACGUGGACAGCAAGAAACCGGUACUACAAUGAUCGAUCAUUUGCUUGUUCUCCAAAAAUCUGAUACUGAGUAUUACACUGAUGAAAUCAUCAAAGGCAUCAUACUGAUAAUGGUAAUAGCAGGGACUAACACAUCAGCAGUCACUCUAGAAUGGGCACUUUCCAAUUUGCUUAACCAUCCUGACGUAAUAAGAAAAGCUAGAACCGAAAUCGAUAACCAGGUUGGUUUAGACCGGCUUAUGGAAGAAUCAGAUCUUAGCGAGCUACCAUAUCUUAAGAACAUUGUCCUUGAGACCCUCCGGCUACACCCGGCUACACCAUUGCUAGUCCCACACAUGGCAUCAGAGGAUUGCAAGAUAGGGUCCUACGAUAUGCCACGUGGUACAACAUUGUUAGUGAAUGCAUGGGCCAUACACAGGGAUCCAAACACGUGGGAUGAUCCGGAUAGCUUUAAACCAGAGCGGUUUGACAAAGAAGAGGAAGCACAAAAGCUUAUGGCGUUUGGAUUAGGUAGAAGAGCGUGUCCUGGAUCGGGUCUGGCCCAACGGAUCGUGGGGCUUGCUCUCGGGUCAUUGAUACAAUGCUUUGAAUGGGAGAGAGUUGGAAAUGAGGAAGUUGAUAUGAAGGAAGGAGUUGGUAAUACUGUACCCAAAGCGAUUCCGUUGCAAGCCGUUUGCAAAGCUCGUCCAUUUCUACAUAAGAUUCUCUCUUAAGUUUCUUGAAAGUACGAAUAAAAGAUGUGUGACAUAUCAAUGAUUCUCUCUACAUGUUUUGAUUAAAGGCAUAUGGGUCCAAUCACAAAUAUCGAGAUAUUAUAUUAUUUGUUAGUUAAGCUUUAAUCAAACGAAAACAUGUAUGGA